ACGUACAACCUAGACGCCCAGGUGGGAGAAAGCUCAGCUUGUGCGACGGCUUUACUCUGCGGCGUCAAAGCCAACUUCGAGACAGUGGGCCUUGAUGGCGGCGGGCGUUUCGAGGACUGCUUCUCCUCCUACAACUCACGCGUCGAGUCGCUUCUGUCCUGGGCCCAGCAGGAAGGCAAGUCGACAGGCAUUGUGACGAACACACGCGUGACGCAUGCGACUCCAGCAGCGUUGUUCGCGCACUCGCCGAGUCGCUACUGGGAGGACGACAGCAAGGUCCCCGCCAAUGCGCGCAAGUCCUGCAAGGACAUUGCCCGCCAGCUCAUUGAGGACGAGCCCGGAAAACACGUUAAUGUGCGUAGCUCAACUAAUGCUCAAUCUACCAAUAAACAUUCAAUAAUCCCAUAGAUCAUUUACUUCCACAGAAAUGAAAAUUCUCUACUAUUUUUGGCUUAGUUGGACAAAAUACUUUCAAUAGAAACACAAAGAUAUGGUAAAAUAUGAAUAAAUAAAAUGUUAUUGUCGGAAAGCAUUUACAGCAUAGACAACG